ACCAACAUGGAAGGAGGUGUCAUGAAGCCAGAUAAAACAGAGUUCACUGAAUGUUUCCGGACAAGCUGGAAAACACCUUACAUUAUGCGCCUCGCCUUCUCCGCCGGCAUCGGAGGACUAUUAUUCGGCUACGACACAGGUGUCAUUUCCGGCGCGCUGCUCUACAUCAGAGACGACUACAAAUACGUCGGCAGGCAUACCUGGCUGCAGGAAACAAUUGUCAGCAUGGCCAUAGCAGGCGCGAUCGUAGGCGCAGCAUUCGGCGGUUGGCUGAACGAUAAGUACGGUCGAAAGAAGUCCAUCCUUUUAGCGGAUAUACUUUUCUUCAUCGGGGCAGUUGUCAUGGCUGCAGCUCAAGGUCCCUGGAUGAUCAUUCUCGGGCGAAUCUUUGUCGGGUUCGGAGUUGGGAUGGCGUCCAUGACGGCGCCGCUUUACAUAUCGGAAGCAUCUCCUGCGAGAAUCCGAGGAGCAUUGGUCAGCACCAAUGGUCUGCUCAUCACAGGAGGACAAUUCUUGGCCUAUCUCAUAAACCUGGCAUUCACUAAGGCACCUGGAACGUGGCGCUGGAUGCUCGGGGUGGCUGGAGUUCCGGCAGUUGUUCAAUUCAUUUUAAUGCUGUCGCUCCCAGAGUCGCCUAGAUGGCUUUACAGGCAGGACAAGGUAAAAGAAGCAAGGGUCAUCUUGGAGAAAAUUUACCCGGCGAAUGAAGUUGAAGACGAACUCAAGGCUUUACAUUCCUCAGUCGAGGCAGAAAAGGCCGAGGAAGGCUCCAUCGGAGACAGCAUUCUUGCAAAGCUGAAAAACGCCUGGGGAAACAAUGUUGUCCGUAGAGGCCUCUAUGCGGGCAUCACGGUUCAAGUUGCUCAGCAAUUUGUUGGGAUAAACACUGUUAUGUAUUACAGCCCGACAAUUGUUCAGCUAGCGGGAUUUGCUUCGAACAAGACUGCUCUGGCGCUGUCCCUCAUUACAUCCGGCCUGAAUGCCUUGGGCUCGAUUGGCAGCAUGGCAUUUGUGGACAGAUAUGGGAGGAGAAGACUGAUGAUCAUAUCCAUGUUUGGAAUCAUUGCCUGCCUUGUUGCAUUGUCUGUAUUGUUUUAUGAAGCUGCCAGCCACGCCCCAAAAAUCGGAAGCGCCGAAUCUCUCCACUUUGGACGGAACGCCACCUGCUCAAGUUUCUUGCAGGUCUCGCAACCUCAGCCGCCACAGUGGAACUGCAUGACAUGUCUGAAGGCAUCCUCCGACUGUGCAUUCUGUGCCAAUGGAGACAGCAAGUAUCAUCCUGGUGCAUGUUUAGCUGCAACUGAUGCAGUAAAAGAAAUGUGUGGAGACGAACAUCGUACCUGGUACACUAAGGGAUGUCCAAGCAAGUUUGGGAUCUUUGCAGUUCUACUCCUGGGAAUGUACAUCAUAUCCUACUCGCCGGGGAUGGGAACAGUGCCUUGGAUCGUUAACUCGGAAAUAUAUCCAUUAAGAUUCAGAGGGCUUGGGGGAGGGAUAGCAGCAGUUUCCAAUUGGGUGUCCAACCUGGUAGUGAGUGAGACAUUCUUGACUCUGACAGAGGCUCUCGGCUCCGCCGGGACAUUCCUCUUGUUUGCUGGAUUUUCAGCCAUUGGACUUGUAGCAAUAUACUUCCUUGUACCUGAGACUAAAGGCUUACAGUUUGAGGAGGUGGAGAAGAUGCUGGAAAGGGGAUACAAACCUGGUUUAUGUUGCUCUUCCAAAGAGGUAGAUGAUGAUACUAAGUAAGCUAUUUGUUUGUCUAUCAGGGGUUUUAACAAAUUGGGCAUGAAUUUAAAGCCUUUGUAAGAUUAGCUAUGACUAUGGUUGUGCAACUAGCUUCAACACCAAACCAAAAUAGGUUUUUAUCCUCAUCCUACAUAUGCUUUAUGAUCUACUUUCUUGAGGGUGCUUAAAAGUCUGGUUUCCUAAAGAGCUAAAUAGAUUGUUCUAUGUCA